AUGGUGAAGCUGUUGGUGCUGCUGGCCACGCUGCUGGCCACGGCCUCGGGCUACUUUGUCAGCAUCGACGCGCACGCCGAGGAGUGCUUCUUCGAGCAGGUCACCUUGGGCACCAAGAUGGGCCUCAUCUUCGAGGUGGCGGAGGGCGACUUCCUGGAUAUCGACGUGGAGAUCACAGGACCAGAUAACAAAGGCAUCUAUAAAGGAGACCGAGAGUCCAGCGGGAAGUACACGUUUGCAGCCCACAUGGAUGGGACAUACAAGUUGUGCUUUAGUAAUAGGAUGUCUACCAUGACUCCAAAGAUAGUCAUGUUCACCAUUGCCACUGGGGAGGCUCCCAAAGGACAAGACAUGGAGACAGAAGCUCAUCAAAACAAGCUAGAAGAAAUGAUUAAUGAGCUGGCAGUGGCCAUGAUGGCUGUGAAGCACGAACAGGAGUACAUGGAAGUCCGGGAGAGAAUACACAGAGCCAUCAACGACAACACAAACAGCAGAGUGGUCCUUUGGUCCUUCUUCGAAGCUCUUGUUCUAGUUGCCAUGACAUUGGGGCAGAUCUACUACCUGAAGAGAUUUUUUUUUUUGAAGUCCGGAGGGCUGUUUUAA